AUGUCCGAGACCACCGUCAUUCUUGACAAUGGAGCGCACAAUAUGAAAGUGGGAAAAUCAGAUUGGGAUACUCCAAAAUUAAUUCCAAACAGCAUCGUAAAGGCGAAACACGAGAGGAAACGAGUAUUUGUGGGACACGAACAAGAGGAUUGCUCGGAGAAGUUCUCCUUAUUCUAUGUAAGACCCAUCGAGAGAGGAUACGUUGUCAAUUGGGAUACACAGCAACAAAUCUGGGAGAAAACUUUCGAUCAUCUCGAUGUAGAACCAACCACAUCGCGAAUCGUCUACACUGACAAUAACUAUCUGAUUCCUGCGCUUCCUGAUGUCUCUAAUGAGAUCUUUUUCGAGCAGUUUGGAUUCAAUGAAGUUUUCAAAGCUUCUGCUUCUACGUUGGUUGCAGAGCACUCCAGACAAGUGAAUGGCCGGCGAUGCGUUUGUGUUGUGGAUUCGGGAUUCUCAAUGACGACGGUGGCUUCGUUUGUCGAUGGAAUGCUCGUUCAGGAAAGUGUAAUGAGGAUUGAUGUAGGUGGAAAGGCGUUAACGAACAAGUUGAAAGACUGGAUAUCAUACCGGCAGUUGAAUGUCAGUGAAGAAACUUAUGUUAUCAACGAAUGCAAGGAAGACCUAUGCUUUGUGUCGUUGGAUUUUAACGAGAGUAUGAAAGAAUCAAAGAAGCGAUUCGAUGAGAACGCACUCGACAGACGAUACGUGAUGCCGGAUUUUCACAAAACGUUCAAAGGAGUCGUCAAAGAUCCGCGAGAGCCCACUGACAACAUGCCAUCGAUUGUGCUGGGUGUUGAGCGAUUCGCAACACCUGAGAUUCUAUUCAACCCUUCUGACAUUGAUAUCGACCAGUGUGGUGUGGCAGAAGCCGUCGUCGAAUCCAUAUUCCAUUGUGCAGAAGAGCUAAGACCAAGUCUCGCGGAAAAUAUCAUUGUUGUUGGAGGAUCCACUUGCUUCCCAGGCUUCCGAGAACGUCUUCAGAAAGAAGUCACAUCGAUGUUGCCUGCUGAAUAUCGAAUUCGCGUGUCAGGUGAAGUGAAAGACCCACAAACGCAUGCAUGGAUGUGUAGUCAAGAACUAGUAGAAGCCGUGGAUCUUCCGUUCAUUAAUCGUCAAGAGUGGGAUGAGAAGGGAGAUUCGUUGGAGUUUUCAAAGUUUUUCAAAACUUUAGUUUCGUCGGAAGAAUUGAAGGAAACGCGGAAGUUCGAGGAGCAGAAGGAAAAGUCGCCAAAGGAGGAUGAAGAGGAUCUCUGA